AUGGACGAGCCAGCUCAACCCUCGCACGACGCUCUGCCCUUCUCCCUGCCUCUCGCCACCCCUCCCAGCACCAACCUCGCGACACCGCCUACCGCGCCUCAACACCGCGACCAGCCGCAGCCGGACGCACAGGAGGAGCGUGGAGCGGACGAGAGCGACGUGCUGGGCUUGAGUACGGCUGCGAUGGAGGUAUGUGGCGGAAAGAGCGGGUCGCGCGAGGGCGAGGGAGAGGUCGGGGGAGACUUGGUGGGCGAGGGCGCGGCGGUCGGGGCCAGCAGGUCAGGGCCAUCAUCAGUUGAUGCGCUGAAAAAGGAGCAGAUGGACGCGCAGGCAGACGAGGAGAAGGAGCCGGGCGAGAUUGACCAGGUCGAGGGUUCAACGCCGAAAGAGGAGCCAUACAAGUGGCAAUCUUCCGGCAUCGUCCCUCAUACGCCGCCUACCACCAUGGAUCCGUUCGGCACGCUCCUCACUUUGGAGCCGCGCUCAGCGAACCAGAAAAUGGUCGACCCGUCCGUCUACAGCGACAAGCUCCCCGACCGCCCGCCUCCGCACCGCACCGCCUACGAGUACCGCCUAUUCCUCCCGUUCCGCUCCAUCGGCAACUCCCUGAUCGGUCCUCGCGGGCUGACUAUCCUCGAUAUCCGCAAGAAGAGCCGCUUGGGCGUCACGCAAGUCCUCUUCACGAAGGAAGACCGCAAAGGCGUCCUGAUCAUGGUCGGCAGCCUCGCCUCGAUCAGGCGCGCUCUCGAGAUCAUCGAGGAUCACGUCUACAGGAAGGAGUACGGACGCUGGAACUCGUGGGAGCUCGGCAAGUUGCGGAGCAUGAGCCCUGACUGGGUCAAGUUCGCCCUCGAGCGAGCCACCGAGAUGGCGGGCCUCUGGCUCAAGCCCGACUUUGCCGACGACGACCGGCGAGCUCGCCCCGCGCCGCCCGGAGGAGGAGGCUUGCAGUCGAGAUUGGGCGACGAACCCAAGUACCGCCGCGACCAGUCUCUCCCGCCGCGUCCUCCUCCCUCCGGCCGUCGCUCUUCCUACCCUCCUCCACCGGCUCACCAGCCGCAGAGGUACGACGACCGCCCGCGAGGCCCGCCCAGCAACCGCGACGCCCGCAACCCGCCGCCUCCUCGCAACAGCCGGGGACCUUCGCAACCUCGCUCUUACGACCGCUCGCGUCAUCCUCGUUCGCCUGACCGUCGUCCCACCACUCCUCCGCAUCCGUCGCCUCGCAAGGGAGGCUCGAGGCGUACGCCGUCGCCGGACAAGCGCAACAGCCGCGCGAGGACCGAGCGACUGACCGACGACGAGGACGACCACGGGAGGCGGAGGUCGUCGAGGAGUCGUUCGCCUGUUCGCUCAAGGAUCAGGAGCGAGUCGAACAAGUCGCGCAGCCCGGAGAGGCCGAGGGGGCCGACGAGGAGCUUGCUUGCGGUCAAGGAGCAGGAGGACGAGGAGCCGCCGACUUCGUACAGCAUCGACAUCGGCGACGAGUCCGCCCUCCAUUUCUUCGGUCCCAACUCGUGCGCGCCCUACAUCCAGACGACGACCGGCUCGAAAGUCACGGUCGAGGCGAGCGGCGUGCAUGUCAAGGUCAAAGUCGAAGGAGGAGACGUGCAGAAGGCUGUCGAGAAGGUUCGCGAGGUCGUCGCUUCGACGGGAGGGAAGAUUGGGGGAGUUGCGGCUGGCAGGAAAGAAGUGACGAAGGUCGUGGUGUCGCCCGUCAAGCCGGACGUCCCGCCCGUCUCGCCCAAGAAGCGCCGCUACAGCAGCGCGACGACCCAAUCGCACGACUCGCCGGAAACGUCGUUCUCGUCUCGCCAGACUGCCGACACGUCCUCCGAAAUCGACAACGACAUGAACUGGGUUGCACGCGAGGCGGAUUUGAAGGAGCAGGUUGUCAAGCGCAUGAAGGAGAGGGACACCUCGACGAGCGGGAGCGUCACGCCGGUUGAGGAGCCUGCGAGGUGGCGCGGCGAGCGACGCAACGACCGCCCCGAAAGGCGAGAUGCGCCAGUCCCGAACGGUCCUCGUUUCGCUCGCCGCGCGUCAAUUGCCCGCCGUUCGCCUCUCCCGCUCCCGCCGCACUCCAGCGCCUUCUCCAGCACCGGUUGCUCGUACACGCAUUACGGCGCGCCUCCGGCUCCGGCGUCGUACCCACCUCCCCAGCCCGCCUUCGCACCCUCGACCGAUCCCUACGCUUCGACCGUCCCGCGCUGGCUAAACGGCGACGAGCAAGCGUUCUACGACGCCGAGUUCAGGACGAAAGGGUGGGGAUGGGGGUCGAACGGAUGGCACCAGAGCUACUCGUACGAGGAGAACAAGGCGAGGAAGGGCGCGAAGAAGCCGAAGAUCUGA